CAGUCGAGCAGAACGAGAGCAUGGUGGAACGCGCUUCGCGCACGGAGGGGAACGCGCUGAUUGACAGCUUCGGAGGCACGGAGCGCCCCACGCCGCACACGAACCGAGCCCGCUAAUCUGCCUGAACGGCUCUUGGCAAAAGCAUCUGUGCGAAAUAACCAUCCUCAUGCAUAUCAGCUACUAAACUGCCGCUGACCGGAGCCUUGCAGUCAUCACUCAAUUGUGGGAAGAAAUCAACCCCACCACAUAGAAAUGUAGCAGGCGAUAGGCUAUUGUACUGUACCUUGGCUUUAUCCUUUUCACUCAAAACGGGGCAGUCUGGAAGUAACUAACUAUUUGUUUUUUUACUUCUUCAAUACUGAGGAUAACACAUUCUUGGCACUUGCUGAACGAUUGGCGAGAGCAGUUCUGUAAGGAGAGCGCUAAUGAGUUUUUUUUAGUAGACACAUUUAUUUGGAAUAUAUUCCCGCUAUCCAAGUGACCUUUUCAUUGGAUUCUCUGUUCAUUUUCUUACUUUGAUUUUAUUUGAUCUCUGAUUGUUAUAGGUUGUUGCCUGUCGAAGAUAACGGACAAAAUUAACCGAAUUUACAACCCAGAGAGGCAAAGAAGUUCAGUUCUGUGCGUUGGGUAUGAGCUCACAAUGUGUGUGGCUGUAGCUUCUCCAUUACUCCUUCUAGAACCGUAGCCAGCCCGUGUGGUCGAGAAGUAGUUUAGCUUCUCUCUCCCUCUGUACGUGAACUCUUAGAGCUAACACCCCGUUCUAUGGAGUAGAUCGUCCGGAAAGCGACUAAUAGAGCGUUCUCCUUUCCCCACGCCUGGUACCAACAGGCGGCUUUGGUCUAAAGGUUCUCCGGAGAAUGGUAAAUGACCGACGGGGAAUCAUGAACAGCACUUCGGAACUCGAAGAUGGACCACGGCAUAAAAACCAGACGUUCUGUGAGUGUGUACCCAGCACCUCCCAGCUUAAACACCGUUGGUCAGACUCAGACACAGUCAGAGAGACCCCAUCACCCACCAAGAGGAUGAGCUGCAGCUACCUCCUGUGCACCAUCCUCCUCUUCGUCGCCGUCCUUCUGGCCGUCACGGCAACCGGCACCAUCCUCUUCAUGAACCACUACCAGGCCCCGCCCAUGUCUGACGGCCCACCCCACAUCUCAACCAAUCCGGACGAGGCCAACGCCCUGGUAACCGUGGAGAGGGGCGACGGCUCACGCAUCAACAUCUUCAUCGACCCCAACUGUCCGGACUACAACGGGAACUUCCUACGCCUGGAAGGGGUGCAGACAUCGCUGCUCCACUCGCUGACCGACCACGACACCGACCUGAAGUCGGUCAAAGGUCAAGACCGGGCGCUGCUGGUCAACCUUGCUGAGGAGGUGGCCAAACUGUCAGCCCACGCUGGUCAGCUGAAGAUGGACUACGAGUCUCUGAGACGAGGCCAGGGGAGUCUGGGGCAGGACCUGAACACACUGCAGACAGAGCAGGGACGCCUCAUACAACUACUGUCGGAGAGCCAAAUCAACAUGGUGAAGGUGGUGAACACUGUGAGCGAUGCUCUCAGCUCCAUGCAGAAGGAGACAGGGGGACUGAAGGCUCGGGUCAAGGCUGACCUACAGAGAGCACCGGUCAGAGGGGCUCGUCUCAAAGGCUGUGCCAAUGGCUCUCGUCCUCGUGACUGUGGUGAUCUGUAUGCUAAUGGUCAGAGGGAGGAUGGCAUCUACUCUGUGUUUCCCACUCACUACCCCUACGGCUUCCAGGUCUACUGUGACAUGACCACGGACGGAGGGGGCUGGACUGUGAUCCAGCGCAGGGAAGAUGGCUCGGUCAACUUCUUCAGAGGAUGGGACUCCUAUCGUGAGGGAUUUGGCAAGAUCACUGGAGAACACUGGCUAGGGUUGAAGCAGAUUCAUGCCUUGUCCAUCCAGGGUAACUAUGAGUUGAGGAUUGACCUGGAGGACUUUGACAACAGUACAGCCUACGCCCAGUACGAGACCUUUGGAGUGGGCCUGUUCUCUGUGGACCCGGAUGAUGAUGGAUACCCACUGACAGUUGGAGAUUACUCCGGAAACGCAGGCGAUGCUCUGCUCAAGCACAACGGGAUGAAGUUCACAACCAAAGACAAGGACAACGACCACUCGGAGAACAACUGUGCCUCCUUCUACCACGGCGCCUGGUGGUACCGUAACUGCCACACGUCCAACCUGAACGGACAGUACCUCCGCGGGCAGCACACCUCCUAUGCCGACGGCAUCGAGUGGUCCACCUGGACCGGCUGGCAGUACUCCCUCAAGUUCUCUGAGAUGAAGAUACGACCCGCGCGCGACGAGAGCAAAUGAGUAUAUGAGGCAAUAACAGAGGAAAGGAGUUGAAAGUGUUCAGAGUAAUAAAACCACACCCUCAGAUACUGUUUACUGAAUGACUAAAAGGAUUGACAUCUUUGAUUGGUUUACUACUAUUCUCUACUGUUUCCUGUGGAGCCUUGUCCCUCUCCACCACCUCCCAGCCCCGCCCAACUUCAUGUGCCCCAUCCCUACCCGUAGUCCCCUAUCGCCUACUAGUGUUGUGCUGAGGCUUUUUGUGCCCCACUCCCACCCACACACUUCCUUCCCAACAACCUCAUGACUCCACUGGAUCAGGAAAUGAGUCUGAUUCACUCUGUUCAUCACUCUUUCUAUUAGUGCUUCAUUUAUAUCUAGUUAUUAAUCAAGUAUCUGUCUAUUCCUUCUGAGCCUUGACCUUGUCCUUGACCUGUCUCCUGUGUUUGUUGUGCCCUGUAACCAGUAGUCCUAUUCCCACAGUCCUUUGCUGCGUUGCUGCCAGUCAGCGAAGCGUGGUGUUACCGUGUGACCUUAGAACAAGUGACUGAUUCAUGAUAUGUCAGAAACGGAGCUGUGACAUUACAGUUGGAACACACACACACACACACAGACACACACACACAAACUUACACACACACGCACGCACACACAUACACACACGCAUACACAUACUUACACACACACACCCUGCCCCCUGAAGCUACAAUAUGACCACAGCAAAACUCUGUCACCUAAAGUGACCCGGCUGCAUUGGCCUCCCAGCCAGAAUGGCCCAACCCACAGUACUGCUUACGUGUCCCUUUAGUUCAGAUAGCCUCGGUAGGAGGCACAGUGCAAUGGAACAGCUGCACCAGUGUAGAGAGAGAACGGUUUAAAUAAAAGGAGACAGAAGAUUGAAAGAGGGGGAGAGAGAGAGGGAGAGAGAGAGAGAGAGAGAGAGAGAGAGAGGGAGAGAGAGGACAGGUCAAACAGAGAGGUCGAAGGGAAUGACUUAAUGAAAAGGAGACUAAGAAAAUGGGAAUAUACAGAGAAAAAGAAAGAUGGAGGAGAGUUUAUGGAGGGCUGAGGAAGAAGGGAUGAGUAAACAAGAGGGAACCGAUCUCAAUCAUCUGACUGAGGCUAUUAGGGAGCAUAUUGGGCACUUAGUCUGAUCACCAACCAAGUUACUACUUCUACAGUACCCCAGAUGGUAAUGCUGAAGUGUGUGUUAGUGUCUGCGUGCAUGCAUGCAAGUGUGCUUGUCCUCUAAUCACUCUCCCAGUCACCCUAAGAGUCAAAUUCAGUGAUCCAUUUGAGCUCCCAGUCAGUCAGACAAACAGCCUAUGUAAAAAUGAUAUGAUGAAGGUUAUCAAGUUCCCAUUGGUAGUGGGUGAAUGUAGGAGGCAGCAGAAUGGAAAAGAGGAAAAUGCAGGGAAAAUAAUGGGGUGAAGUGACAAGGUGCCUCUUGUGGCCUACCAUAGAAAGAACGAGAGAGGUUAUUUAACUGCUACCUUCCAGAGCCAGGAGUGUCAUGACAGAGAGGGUAGUCUGUUAUUCAUCUGUUCCUUUAGGGAGUAGAGCAUGUUUUAACCUUUGCCACCACGACCACAAGGUUAAAUAGUCCCCUACAUCCCUAAGCAUUUAAAUUAUAUUCUUGUGCUUUCACAAUCAGCUGUAUAGUCGAUAGAAGCUGCUUCACACAUGGACACACACAUACAAACACACUGACACACAAACACACACUGACACACAAACACACACACACACACACUGACACACACACACACUGACACACACACACACUCUGAUAACAGUCCUUUAACGUAGCUACAUACACAUUCUGUUUUCAUCUCAUCCUUUAUGUUCAAUUUCAUCCCAUAUCUCUUUUUUUUGCACCUCACCUCUCAUCUCCUCUCCCUCUCCUCCACUCCCCUCUCUACUCCAUCUCCCCUCCUCUCCCUCUCUACUACUCUCCCUCUCUCCUCCUCUCCCCCUCUCCCCAUUUCCCCAUCUCCUGUAAUAUUUUAUGUUCUGUAAUCUAACCAUGUCUAGCUGGAUGUCUAGGUUUUCUGCUAGGGUGACCCAGGAUCUUUUCUUCUGGUUCUAGCAGAGGAACUGUUGCUGUAAAAUACAGUUUGCCGCUAUCGACCGAUCCCGCAACCAUGAUUUUCUUUCUGAAUAGGAGCUCAAAAACUUGUCGGGAAUGGCGACAACAAAAAAAUAUGUAUUGUCUGUAAAGUAUUAUAAAAAAGAAAAAAAAGCACAAUAUCAGAAGUUUUGCUAACAAUGAAAUUGUGGAAUUCUGAAUCUUUUUUUCCAUUAGUUGUUUUCAUUCUGGAUUUUCUUUAGAUGUACUGAAAGCUUUAAAGAUAUGUGUAGAUUUAUUGUACAGUGUGUAUGACCGUUAGAGCAUGUGCAACUGUUUUCAUACAAUGCCAAAAGACAAAAGAGAACUCAAGCACACAGACUUUACAAAUUACAAGUCAAAAGAAGAAAAAAAUACAAAACCAGAGCCCUUAUUUCUCCUCUUUUACCGGACUGGGCACAAGAGAAGGUGUGGCCAGCUAUAGUUUUGGGGGAGGGGCAUGUGAGAAAGAGGAGGGGUUUAGUAAGCACAUGAGGGCAUGCCCACUAUUAAAAAAACAGCACAAAUUAAUCUAAACUUAAGCGAUGUCAAUGGCACAUCUGGGGGACAAUGUGGCUCUGAUUGGCCUGUUGGACAUUAUGGGGACGUCUUUGAUCUGGACAGAUAUUUUGGCUCUACUUGAUAUACUGGAUCUAUGGGACACACCAACUCUGGAGGACAUUUUGAUCUGCGUGUGCUGCCAGUGGGCCAACAAGCAUAGUGAUGAGCAUUGCUCCUCAGACACUGGAUUGGCUAUUGUUUUAUCCUGGUUCUUUUUCCAGUACAGGACAGAGUGUGUGUCUGGACUGCAGCACCCACAGAGCUCCAGCUCCAUGCAGAAAACUAUCCACAGAAACCUGCUCAGUCUCAGUCAGCCAUAGAGGCUGAGUCAGUGAGUCUCAGUUCACCAGGAGUCCUGCGUUGGUAACACAGAGCAGAGUCAGAGUCCAUCCACUUCUACAGUCAGCUAGUCUGCCUCUUCUACCACUACUCAGCUCUGAAGCCAAACAUCAAAGAACCAACCGUCUAAUCAUAUUAUCAAUGCAUUAUUAACACUAAUCACGUUUCCAUGGAAACAUAAUUACAUGGGAGAGUUUGAUGACAACAAUUUGUGUUGAGUAGAAGUUAAGAGAUGAUAAUUUCAUAGGGUUUCACAGAAGAGAGGAUUUCAAAGGGUGUGCAAGUUAAUAUAGAUAAACGUAUAAAGUUUAAUGAGAUACUGGAAUGAGUCAGACUGAUGUCUUGAUGUGACUGACUGACCAGGAGGACAUUCAUUUCUCGUUCUGUGUGUCUGUGUGUGAGAGUGUGUAGGUUUGUGUGUAUGUGUGCGAUGUGUGUGUGAGAGAGAGAAAGGAACGCUAGGAAUUCAUCAAAGUAAAUGUGAUGCUUACGUACAACUUGCCUCCCUGCUAUUUGUGUUGAUAACAGAGAGAUAUAAAUGGACCAUUAAGUCAUGUGAUAACUGAUUCCAUAGUGGCUCACGCCCUUCUGGUUAUGUGUUGAACUGGACUUCUCAUUUUACCACCGACUCCCCUUCUAAUGUAAAACCUUCAGCGUCAAAUAGUGCACGUUAUACGUUUUAUCAACGUACUGUACACCCCACACCAACCCCCACUCUCUGAGUAGUUUAGAAACCCCACAGUCGUUGUUCCAAAGCCCCCAUCCCAACCUUUACUUCUUUCAUUUCCAGUCUGCUGUUACGAGCACCAUCCACCCUCCCUCCUCCCUAUUUAAAUUCUAGCAGGAUCUUGGCUCCAGCAGUCAAUGUGAUAGAGGAGUAUGAACAAAAGAGUUAUCCCUCGCUCCCUCUCAUUCCCUCUCUCCCUCUUAUUAUCAUCAGAAUCAGCAGAGUACUGAUCAAUUCGUCCGUUCUCGCACCCUCCAUCUCAGUCCUCCAUUUAUCCACUUUUCCAAUACCUCCAUCUCUCCUUUCCCACAACCUCCUCUGUUCCCCUUCCAUUUUUAACACACUCUCCAUUCCCCUAACCCCUCCAUUUCCCCACCGUC